GUAGACCGUGACAGUUGUUCCGAUGUACGGCAUCAUUGAUUGAAUUGCAGUGUUGUUCCUACAGGAAGUACAAGAAGAGCAAAUCAAAUUUUUGUGAUGUGAUUUUGUUGGCUGUGUUAGAAAAUAGAUUACACUUACUUCAUAAUCCGAAUCAAUAGUUCCAGUAAGUCUUAAGUAGAGCCUACUGUCGCGAUGUUGUGCACCGUGCUAGGAAUUGUGUUGGGAGUGAUAGUGGCUCUCUAUGUGCUAUUUGAGCUGCACUAUUUCCUGAGGAUGUGCCUUUGUGUGGUUGCGGCCCGAUAUGUCAAAAAGCGAUUGCACAUUCUGGAUACGGCCACCGUUGGGGGACUCUGUCUGACCAAUGACAUCGAUACACUGCUGUACCACAUGAACAAUGCCCGCUACUUGCGAGAGGUGGAUUUUGCCCGAGUUGACUUUUACGAGCGCACUCGACUGUACCGGACUAUCCGGUCGAAGGGCGGUUCGGUUGUGCAGGGAGCAACAACGAUCCGCUACAGGAGAUUCAUACGUCCAUUUAGUCGGUUCAGCAUCCGAUCGAGGAUUGUUUACUGGGACGAACAAUCGAUUUUUAUGGAACACCGAUUUAUCGGCGCCUCGGACGGAUUCAUCCACUGUGUGGCCUUGUGUCGCCAACGUGUCCUCCAGUGUUCGGCCGAGGAAGUAAUGGCGACGUUGCUGAAAUUUUGUGCGACUGCCAACAGCAACUCCUCGGCGACGUGCAUCGAAAAGGGUGAAAAUGGUACCGACGGUGGUCUGGUGAGUAACGGCAAUGGUGGCGAGUUCGGCAGCAGCACCAGCAGCAAACUGAAACCGGACAUGUCCCCAGAGGUGGCCAAGUGGCUCGAGUGGAACGAGCUAUCCAGUGCGAGCUUGCGGAGUGAAUGCUGAACAGAGAAGUGAAGCUGCUAUCUUUUUAUGAGAUUAGAAUUUUUUUAUCGAUACUCACUAGAAGUGUAGGGUCACCGUUGAAAGUUUGUAAAACUAAAAAAAAAUAUGGAAUUUUAUGAUCGAUUGAAUUUGAAACUAGAUACUUUAAGUCGAUUACAGAAAAGUUAGUAUUUUAUGCUAAACUGAUUUUUAUUUACAACCUAGUAAAGCGGUAAGCUGAUGUCGGAUGUCGAAAAUAAAUUUAUUCUAUGACUUCUUGUUGAA